AUGUCCAUCAUCCUUGAAGACAACCAACCACCCGGGUUCUUACGUCUCGGUCCCACGUGGUAUCAUGAGAUUCCCUUCUUACCACAUGGAUGGGAGGCAACCAAUGAUGAAGGAUCUGGAUCACUCAAGCAUGCAGCAAUGAAAGCGCUCCUGCGGGACCAGUCGGCGCUGAAGCCCGAGCUGUUCGAAUAUGUCCACUGGUAUUUGGCAAAAUACCUUUGGGAUUCCCUUAAAAAAUGCAACAAGCAGACAAUGCACAUGUGGAAAAUAAUGGCCAGCGUUUAUCCUGUACAAUUCCAUGAGGUUAGUCCCUACUACUGCCUUAAUGCUGGAUGUCCCAAAAGACCACUAAGAGACUACAUGGGUCUCCUCAACAGCGAUGAUCUUCGCUGGCGUGCAAUCUUGACAAUUGCAACCACAUACUGUACUGCCACAGACCUGACUACCAUACCAAAUAUCAAGAAUCUGGUUGCCAUGGACGCUUACAGUGAGACAUAUUUGUCGAAUAUCGCCCCGCUGGAUCCUGUGGGUGCUAGUGACGAUGGUCUCCCUUUGCAAGAUGGGUUUGUGCGUGGUUGGAUCGAGUCCCAAGCACUACAGCACCUCCGCAUUCUCAGGUUCUACCACCAACACGAUAUAACCGUUGCGGCACUGGAAGCUUUGAGUAGACUGCCAGAGCUCCAACUCGUCGUGGCUUAUGAGUGUAAGAGGAUCACAGAAGCGAUUAUAAAAUACGAUAGGCCCGCGAAUAACAUCGUUCCCAUAAAGGGAUGGUCGGCCUGCAGACUCGAUUGGUUUUGGGAAACCCAUGGAACGUCAAAGGCAAUCGAUAAUCAUCUCUCGGCCCUGCUUGAUGUGUACGAGUCUAGUCUCCAGACACCCGGAGAGAAGCAUUUGGGGAGACCAUCAUCCCUACCAACGAAUACCCCGAUCUUGGAGUUCAAGCUACCAACUAUCGACCACAGCAGAAGAGACAGGGUUGUUAUUCGUUCUCGCUAUAAUUCCAAGUCAAUUGUAUUAUUUACUCGAGAUCCUGUAAAACAGAAGCUUGAGAAUGAAAAGCAAAAACGUGGAAGGGAGAAUAAGCGCAAUGAACCACCUGAAAUGGGAGAUCGUCCUACCAAGCGAGCAGUCAUGAAAGAGAGGGGGCCUAUGGAUAUUUCGAAGACGCUAAAUCAGUUCUUUUGA